GGAGGGAAUAGGACCAAUCCAAUAAUAGUACUUCUAGUGUAAUGUAACGUUAACGACCCAAUAUUUUUGUAUAGUUUUUUUAUUCAUAUACUUGAGUUUAGGCUACUGUUUAGAUAGCAGAAUUUAUAUAAUUUAUUUUUCUAUCGUAUGUUUUGAAUUUUAAUUUUUUAUUUUGAGAUUAUUUAUUAAAGUAUAUAGGUCAAUAUUAAUUUAAAAAUGAAGAGUGCAAAACUGUUAACGUGUGCAAAUCGAUGCAUCUCCGGAAAAUCAAACUCGCUGCCUUUGCCCAAAAUAAACAGUCAUGCUUCUGACAGCUGCCGCGGGCUGGCGACAGAAGCACGCGCGGCGCCUGUUCCCAAUAAGGGCGCGCGGCAGAGCGCGUCCUUCACACUCAACUUGUUCCGCGGCGUACUAGAGCCCGCGCAGGUGUUCCCCUUUCCGGAGCCGCUCUCCGAUGACCAGCGCCAGAUGCUGCAAGAGCUCGUACCGCCCGUCGAGAAAUUCUUUCAGGAGGUCAACGACCCUGCCAAGAAUGACGCAGAUGCCAAGAUAGAGGACAACACGUUAGCCGGGCUUUGGGAGCUGGGAGCCUUCGGGCUACAGGUUCCGACCGAGAUGGGCGGCCUGGGCCUGUCAAACACACAAUACGCACGCCUCGUGGAGGUGGUGGGCGCGCACGACCUUGGCGUGGGCAUCACGCUGGGUGCGCAUCAGUCCAUCGGCUUCAAGGGUAUCCUGCUGUUCGGCAACCCCGAGCAGAAGGCCAAGUACCUGCCACGCGUGACCGGCGGCGAGUACGCCGCCUUCUGCCUCACCGAGCCUUCUUCCGGCUCCGACGCCGGCUCCAUCAAAACCCGUGCGGUCUUGUCGCCGGACGGAAAGCACUUUAUUUUGAAUGGGUCUAAGAUCUGGAUCAGCAACGGAGGCAUUGCUGAAAUUAUGACUGUGUUCGCACAGACACCUGUGGAAAAGGACGGGAAAACUGUUGACAAGGUGACAGCUUUUAUAGUCGAGCGGGCGUUCGGCGGCGUGUCAUCGGGGCCGCCCGAGAACAAGAUGGGCAUCAAGUGUUCGAACACCACCGAGGUGUAUUACGAGGAUGUGAAGGUGCCCUUGGAAAACGUACUGGGUGGCGUGGGCAACGGCUUUAAAGUAGCCAUGAACAUCCUCAACAACGGGCGCUUCGGCAUGGCGGCGGCGCUGGCGGGCACGCAGCGGGCGGCGCUGCGCCAGGCGGCCGAGCACGCGGCCACGCGCGUGCAGUUCGGCCGCCGCAUCGCCGACUACGGGACCAUCCAGGAGAAGCUGGCGCGCAUGGCCAUGCUGCAGUACACCACCGAGUCGCUCGCCUACAUGGUCAGCGGCAACAUGGACACCGGCGCGCAGGACUACCACCUCGAGGCCGCCAUCUCCAAGGUGUUCGCAUCAGACUCCGCGUGGACAGUGGUGGACGAGGCCAUCCAGAUCCUGGGCGGCAUGGGUUUCAUGAAGGCCACGGGUUUGGAGCGAGUGCUACGUGAUCUGCGUAUCUUCCGAAUCUUCGAGGGUACGAACGAUAUCCUGCGUCUGUUUGUAGCACUGACCGGUAUCCAGUUCGCGGGCUCGCACCUGCAGGAGCUGCAGCGCGCCUUCAAGAACCCCACGGCACACCUGGGGCUCAUCUUCAGCGAGGCCGGGCGCCGCGCCACGGCCGCCGUGGGGCUGGCGCGCGGCCCCGACCUGGGCCCGCUGCUGGCGCCCGAGCUGCGCCCGCUGGCCGCCGAGCUGGGCCGCUGCGUGCUGGAACACGGGCGCAGCGUGGAGGCCGCGCUCCUGCGCCACGGCAAGCGCAUCGUGGACGAGCAGUUCGUGCUCAACCGGCUGGCGUCAGCCGCCGUGGACGCCUACACGACGGCGGCCGUGCUGUCGCGCGCGUCGCGGGCCGCGCGCCUGCGCCUGCCGUCGGCCGCGCACGAGCUGCGCCUGGCCGAGGCGUGGGCGGACGAGGCCGUGGGCCGCAUCCCGCGCCUGCUGGCCGACACGCGCGAGCCGCGCCGCCUGCGCCAGUACGCGCGCCUGGCCGACCUGGGCGCCGCCGUGGCCGCCGCUCCCGGCCAGCCCUCGCCCAACCCGCUUAACCUCUGACCGACGACCGGCAUCAUCGACCGUGUACAUAAUUUAGUUAAUUAAAUCGAUCAAUACCUUUUUAAACGA